CCAUAAAAUAAUAUAAUAAUAAAAAUAAUAAAAUGUCAACUUGUUUUAAAAAGCCGAAGUGAUCGGAUUUGGGGUGUAGAGAAGUGAGUAGUUAUUAUUGUUACUCGCAUCAGAUGUUCAGUUGUAAAGAAUGUAAUGGCAGAAUACAUUUCAGGUGACAAAUAGCUGUGCUAAGAGAAAUUGAUGAAAUUAAAGAUAGUAUUAAGGAAGCAGAGAGGUUAAUUAUGAUGAUAGAAGAAUUAUCUAUAGCAAAUGGAUGAUCAAUGUAUAUUCCAAAGAUCGAAAAUACUUUGGUCAAUUUUUAAGGAUAUCUUGUAUGGGCUUUCCAAGAAAGUUACUGAGGUUGUUGAUAAUUGGAGCCCGGAAGACUAUUCGUAUCUUGAAGGACAGCUCAGAGAAAUACAGAGCGAAAUAGCAGACAAUCCAGAUAUUAAAGAAGUUUUAUUCUUAUCCAUAAGCAAAGAAGCAUCUCUCAAUCCCUUUGCAACUGUAGAAAAUGAGUAUUCAUCAAAUUCAAAAAUCCAAACUAAAAUCGACUCAAUUCUCCAAAAGCACACUAAAUUCCUAACCCAAAGACACAAAUAACGAAAUGGCUGCUUACAAACAACACUGCAAAACCCAAAUUCUCGAAGAAUUCCACACCCAAAUCUCUACCCUAAAAACCCUGACUGAAACCCAAACCCUCGAAAUCUCCGAAUACACUGAAACUAUCAAAGCCCUCACACUCCAGAACCAGGAGCUAUCUCUUGAGCUCCAAGCUCAAGUCUCCAAGUACCAGGACCUUGAGCUAGAGACUGCUAAGCUAAGAGAAGAAUUUCUCAUCUCUAAAACCGACCUUGCAUCAAUAACCCAUAAAUUUACAUCCUCUGAAAACCAGCAUAAAUAAAGCCCUCCAAAAUAUUCAGCAAUUAGAAGAAAAACUAGAAGAGCUAAAAUUAGAAGCCAUCAGAAAUAUAGAAGGAUUCGAUCCAAGUUGUACAAAAGUAGAGCUAUUGAUAAAUCAAGACAAAGGGAAAGCUAUAAUCAAAACAUUAGCAUCAUUCAGGUAUCAAUUUGAGCCUCUUGAAAGAUUGAAGAUAUCUAAUUUUAAAGAUGAAGAUGAAAGUGUAAAUGAUUUCCUUACUUAUUGCUCUCCUCCCUCACUUAAUCUUCUGUUCUUUGGUGUUGGAAUUGGUAAUCCUGUGAACAUAAAUUAUUACUUGGAUGGGCUAAAGUGCCUGUUGCCCCAAGUCUACAAAGAAAUAUUCCUACUGUUCUUUAUACUUGAUGAGGAAAAUUUCAGCAGAAUUGUAAGACUCUCUUCUAACUGAUCAAGGCUGGUUUUUAGUUGAUGUAAAAUAUCGACUUCUCUACCUUUAGAUUUCUCAAAUGAAUCUACUUACAGGACCGAAUACUUAAGUCUGCAAUGGUGAGGGAGCCAAAAGUGGCAUACUAAUAUGAAUUGGAUGAAAAAACCCAAAUAUUUUGAAAAUAUUUUAACUGCUAUAAAGAACUCUACUUUGAAGGAUUCUCUGCAAAUUCUUAAUGCUGCUUUUUGUAAUAUCAAAAUUCAGGAAGCUAAGAAGUUAUUAGAUAAGCAUGGCUUGACAUCCAUCAAUGUUGUAUCUCUAAACACAUACGAAUUAAUUGAAUAACCCAUAUUUUUAUUUCAACCUCA